AUGGCCGAUACGACCGCGCCCGCGCCGGCGGAUAAAGAAGAGAGCAGAGCGCCAGUUGAAACUCAACCUCCAAAGCCAGUAGAGGUCAGCAGUAAGGCGCCUACACAAGGAGAUGAGGAGGACUCAGACUGGGAAGAGCUAGACGAUGUACUCGAUGAUUUCUCUGCGUCGAAGAAUGCUUCGCAACAUACACAGGCAGACGGAAUAAAAACAGAAUCUAUAGAAAAACAAGUAGAGGCGAAUACGGAACUAUCGAGCGCAGACCAAGAAGCGCUACUAAAACAACUAGAAGCUGGCAUGGCUGAGUUGAUGGGCGCCUCUGCCUCCGCUGACGCCAGUGGACCAGCUGCGGUGGGAGACACUCCGAAGGGGAAAUCUGCAGAGAUACCAGGGUUGCCACCAUUUCCAGGGAACGAAGAUUGGAAUGCGCUGACCGAAGAGCUCGAGAAGAAGGGAUUUACAAUGGAAGAUGUGAUGAAGCUGAUGAUGGGUGAAGAACUAAUGACCGGAGGAGACACUAUUCCCAGCGUGGAUGGCCCGAAAACUACGGCAAAAGCUACGAGUACUCAACCCUCAUCCUCGAAGAAGGGAGAAGAAAACUUCCAAGAGACCAUUCAAAAGACGAUGGAGCGGAUGCAGGAAUCAGGCAACAAGGCCGCUGCCGAGGUUAACGAGGGUGGAAACGAAGAUGUGCUUAUGCAGAUACUCAAGGCAAUGGAAGGCGGAGGUCUAGCUGGUGCCGGCGAAGGGGAUGACGGAAACCUCGACAAGCUUUUCAUGGGCAUCAUGGAACAGUUAUCUAACAAGGAAAUGCUGUACGAGCCUCUGAAGGAACUGGACGAUAAAUUCGGGCCUUGGUUGAAAGAGAAUAAGGAGAAGGUAGGGAAGGAAGACCUAGAAAGAUACGAGUUGCAGGCUUCGCUGGUGUCUGAUAUCAUCAAGAAGUUCGAAGAGAAGAGCUUCUCAGAUGACAAGCCUGAGGAUAGAGCUUAUAUAUGGGAGAGAAUGCAGAAGAUGCAAGCCGCUGGCAGCCCUCCAGAUGACCUUAUAUCGGCUCCUUUCAUGGACGAAGCCAAACUCCAGGCAUUAGGUCAAGAUGGCUGCGCCCCGCAAUAA